AUGGGGGUGACCCCAACAUCAGGAGCAGGCUGGGGGGCCAAGCUUGUAGAUGUGCUGGCUGAGGAGCUAGCACUGAGUGAAGAGUCAGCGAUUGUCAGACCUGGUUGCGAAGGAGCAGGCCUAGAAGGGAUUGGGGGCCCAGAGGACAGGUCAGUCCUCUGCGUGUCUGAUGAAGGCACGGGAGCAGAGGUCAGCAAGGUGAAAGUGGCUGAGUGCAGAAAGUGUGACAAGGUGCCUGGGAGGGACGGUGGCAAGGAGGAGAAGAAGGGGUCUGGGGAGCUGGGCUUCCUCCUACACGUGGCAUCGCUGGGGGUGGCCAAUCUAGCAUGUUCCAGGACUGCCAGUGUGGACGAGGUACAGGAGCACGAGCAGAGGACCCUCGAGGAACAGGCUCAGCGGCAAAGGUUGUGGCUCAUCCCCUGGACCCUCAGGCGCUUCUGCAUCUCCCCGAAGUGGAAGGUGUUUGAGCUGAGUGAGCUGGCGCGAGGGGAGCAGGUGCCGCCGCCGCUUCAGCUCCACGCCCGCCACGGCGGAGACCCUCCCCAUCCGCUUCUAGGAGCACUUACAGGUGAGGCUGGUCCAGCUCCGAAGCCAGAGGGGCCCAGUCUUGUCACCGCGGGCCGCGUGCGAGGGGAUCACGGCGAGGGCGGGCUCGCGUGCGGCCCGGCCUCCCCGCUCCAAAACCUGGGAAUUAAUCCAGCCAACAUUGGAUUCAACACACUGACAAUGGAAUCUGACGAAUUUAUAUGUGUUUGAGAGAAAAUUGGUGAGCAGGUUCAAGUAGUGAUUAUUGACAUGAGUGACCCAACUGCCCUGAUCAGACGUCCUAUCUCUGCAGAAAGUGCCAUCAUGAAUCCAGCAUCUAAGGUGAGAGCUCUGAAAGCUCGGAAGACCCUUCAAAUCUUUAAUAUUGAGAUGAAGAGUAAAAUGAAGGCUCAUAUUAUGGCAGAAGAGGUGAUUUUCUGGGAAUGGAUCUCUUUCAACACUCUUGCUCUGGUGACCAAGACCACAGUCUACCACUGGAACAUGGAAGGUGACUCCUAGCCCGUGAAGAUAUUUGAUCAACAUGCCAGUCUGAUGGGGUGCCAGAUGAUCCACUACUGGACAGACAAGUACCAGAAGUGGCUGCUCCUCAUUGGCAUCUCAGUUCAGCAAAAUCGUGUGGUUGGGGCAAUGGAACUCUACUCGGUCGAUAGGAAGGUUUCACAGCCCACAGAAGGCCAUACUGCCGCAUUUGCAGAGUUUAUGAUCAAGGGGAAUGCCAGGCCUUCCACCCUUUUCUGCUUUGCUGUACGCAGUCCUACAGAAAGCAAGUUGCACAUCAUUGAAGUGGGACAGCCUGCAGCAGGAAACCAACCUUUUGUCAAGAAAGCCGUGGAUGUGUUUUUCCCUCCAGAGACGCAGACUGAUUUCCCAGUGGCGAUGCAGAUUGGAGCUAAACAUGGUGUUAUUUACUUAUUCACAAAGUAUGGCUACAUUCAUAUGUAUGACCUGGAGUCUGGCGCGUGCAUCUACAUGAACCAUAUUAGUGCUGACACAAUCUUUGUAACUGCUCCUCAUGAACCUUCCUCUGGAAUUAUUGGUGUCAACAAAAAGGGACAGGUACUGUCACUUUGUGUCAAGGAAGAUAACAUUGUGAAUUAUGCAACCAAUGUGAUUUAGAAUCCGGACCUUGGGCUGCGUUUGGCCAUUCAUGGUAACCUGGCUGGGGCAGAGGAGUUGUAUGCCAGAAAAUUCAUUACCCUCUUUGCACAAGGAAGCUAUGCUGAAGUCAGAGUGGCAGCAUCUGCACCAAAGGGAAUCCUGCGUACCAGUGACACAAUACUGAAGUUCCAGAGUAUACCUGCCCAGCCCUGUCAGGCUUCUCCUUUGCUCCAGUACUUUGGAAUCCUACUUGACCAGGGUGAACUCAAUAAACUUGAAUCCUUAGAACUUUGCCUCCGCGUUCUUCAGCAGGGGCACAAGCAACUCUUAGAAAAGUGGCUGAAAGAAGAUAAACUGGAGUGUUCAGAAGAGCUUGGAGAUUUGGUCAAAACUGCUGACCCUACACUUUCUCUGAGUGGGUACCUUCAGGCAAAUGUGCCAAGCAAAGUUAUCCAGUGUUUUGCAGGAACAGGCCAAGUCCAGAAAACUGUGCUCUAUGCCGAAAAGGUUGGGUAUAUCCCAGACUGGAUCUUUUUGCUGAGGAGUGUGAUGAGGAUCAGCCCAGAGCAGGGUCUGCAAUUUUCUCAAAUGAUAGUGCAGGAUGAAGAGCCAUUGGCCAACAUUAACUAGAUUGUAGACGUUUUCAUGGAAAACAGUUUAAUUUAGCAGUGUACGUCCUUCUUGUUGGUUGCCUUGAAUAAUAAUCACCCACCUGAGGGUCACCUCCAGACUCAACUGUUAGAGAUGAGCCUGCUUCAUGCACCCCAGGUUGCAGAUGCCAUCCUUGGAAAUCAUACGUUCACUCAUUAUGAUCAGGCCCACAUUGCCGAGCUCUGCGAAAAGGCUGGCCUCCUACAGAGAGCACUAUAGCACUAUACCGAUCUCUGUGACAUCAAGAGGGUUGUGGUCCACACUCACUUACUUGCUUCACAGUGUCUUGUAGAUUACUUUGGCUCCUUGUCAGUGGAGGAUUCUGUUGAGUGUCUGCGUGCUAUGCUGUCUGUGAAUGUCAGACAGAACCUUCAGCUGUGUGUGCAGGUGGCAUCCAAGUACUACGAGCAGCUGGGCACACAGUGUUUGGUGGAGCUCUUUGAGUCCUUCAAGAGUUAUGAAGAACAGUCUCUCUUCAUGGGCCUUUUCUACUUCCUGGGCUCCAUUGUGAACUUUAGCCAAGAUGCAGACGUGCACUUCAAGUAGAUUCAGGCUGCCUGUUAGACAGGUCAGAUCAAGGAGGUGGAAAGAAUAUGCCGAGAGAGUAACUGCUACAGUCCAGAACCUGUGAAGAACUUCCUGGAGUGUGGCCAGGAGCCCAAACUCACAGACCAGCUUCCUCUUACCAUUGUAUGUGAUCGGUUUGACUUUGUCCACGACCUCAUCCUUUACUUACACUGCAACAACCUGCAGAAGUACACUGAGAUCUAUGUUCAGAAGGUCAACCCUAGCCUGAUACCAGCUGUGGUUGGAGGGCUGCUGGAUGUGGAUUGUUCUGAGAAAGUAAUUAAAAAUCUGAUUAUGGUGGUUAGAGGACAGUUUUCUACUGAUGAGCUAGUGGCCGAAGUAGAAAAAGAAACAGGUAAGCUAAAAUUGUUACUGCCAUGGUUGGAGUCCCAGAUUCACGAAGGCUGUGAAGAGCCUGCCGCUCACAAUGCCCUGGCUAAAAUCUACAUCAACGGCAACAACAGCCCGGAGCACUUCUUGAGAGAGAAUGCCUUCUACAACAGCAGCGUGGUGGGCGGGUACUAUGAGAAGUGGGACCCACAUCUGGCCUAUGUUGCCUACGAGCGGGGACAGUGUAACCAUGAGCUUAUCCAGGGCAGGAGAUACACCUUGGCUGUUUGCAAUGAGAAUUCUCUGUUCAAAAGUGAGGCCCGCUACCUAGUGCACAGCAAGGAUCUGGAGCUCUGGGCUCAUGUCCUUGAGGAGGCCAAAUGCAGGAGACAGCUCAUUGACCAGGUGGUACAAACAGCAUUGUCAGAAACACAGGAUCCAGAAGAAAUCUCAGUCACUGUCAAGGCCUUUAUAACAGCCGACCUGCCUAAUGAGCUGAUUGAGCUGCUGGAGAAGAUUGUGCUGGAUAACUUUGUCUUCAGCGAACACAGGAAUCUCCAGAACCUGCUGAUCCUGACCGCCACCAAGGCAGACCACACACGAGACAACCACUUGGACAAUUACAACGCCCCAGACAUUGCGAGCAUUGCCAUCAGCAGUGCCCUAUAUGAGGAGGCUUUCACCAUCUUCUGCAAGUUUGGCAUGAAUACCUCAGCAGUCCAGGUCCUCAUCAAGCACAUUGGAAUUAGGGCAUAUGAGUUUGCGGAGAGAUGUAAUGAGCCUGAUGUGUGGAGUCAGCUGGCCCAAGCCCAGCUCCAGAAAGACUUGGUGAAGGAAGCCAUCGACUCCUAUAUCAGAGCUAACGACCCUUCCUCUUACCUGGAAGUGGUCCAGGCAGCUAACAGGAGCACCAACUGGGAGGAUCUAGUUAAAUUCCUACAGAUGGCCAGGAAAACGGGCCAAGAAUCCUCUAUAGAUACUGAACUUACGUUUGCCCUGGCUAAAACCAGCCAUCUCUCUGUGCUGGAAGACUGCAUUAAUGGACCUACCAGUGCCCACAUCUAGCAGGUUGGCGACUGCUGUUACAGGGAAGGAAUGUACGAAGCUGCCAGGCUGCUGUAUAGCAGUGUUUCUAACUUUGCCUGCCCGGCUUCCACCCUGGUCCACCUCGGUGAGUAUCAGGCAGCAGUGGACAGCAGCCGCAAGACCAACAGCACAUGGACGUGGAAGGAGGUGUGCUUUGCCUGCAUGGAUGGGCAGGAGUUCUGCCUUGCACAACUCUGUGGUCUUCACAUAGUCAUCCAUGCAGAUGAGCUGGAGGAGCUGAUCCACUAUUACCAGGACUGGGGCUACUUUGAGGAGCUGAUCUGCCUGCUGGAGGCAGCCCUGGGCCUGGAGCAGGCCCACAUGGGCAUGUUCACAGAACUAGCUAUCCUCUAUUGCAAGUUUAAGCCACAGAAGAUGCCGGAUCACCUGGAGCUCUUCUGAUCCCGUGUCAACAUCCCCAAGGUAGCUGAAGCCACAGAGCAGGCGCAUCUCUGGGCUGAGCUGGUGUUCCUCUGUGACAAGUAUGAGGAAUAUGACAAUGCUGUCCUCACCAUGAUGAGCCACCCCACCGAGGCCUGGAAAGAAGGGCAGUUCAAGGACAUCAUUGCCAAGUUUGCCAGUGUAGAGCUCUACUACAAAGCCCUGCAGUUCUAUUUGGAAUACAAACCUCUGCUCAUCAAUGACCUUCUAUUUGUGCUGUCCCCCGACCUGGAUCACACCCGAACUGUCAGCUUCUUCUCAAAGGUGGGCCAGCUGCCCCUGGUGAAGCCUUACCUGGAGUCAGUCCAGAGCCACAACAACAAGAGUGUGAAUGAGGUACUCAAUCAUCUGCUGACGGAAGAAGAGGAUUACCAGGGUUUAAGGGCGUCUAUCAAUGCCUAUGACAACUUUGACCACAUCAGCCUGGCUUAGCGGCUGGAGAAGCACCAACUGAUGGAGUUCCAGCACAUUGCCGCUUCUCUGUACAAGGGCAAUAACUGGUGGGCCCAGAGUAUAGAGCUCUGUAAGAAGGACCAGCUCUACAAGGAUGCCAUGCAGCAUGCUGUAGAGUCCCAGAAUGCCGAGCAGGCCGAGAACCUACUGCAGUGGUUCCUGGAAGAGGGCCAGCGGGAGUGCUUCACAGCCACUCUAUUUACCUGCUACCAUCUGCUUAGCUCGGAUGUGGUGCUGGAGCUGGCCUGGAGACACAACCUCAGGGACUGCGCCGUGCCCUACUUCAUCCAGCUGAUGAGGGAGUAUCUUAGCAAAAUGGACAAACUGGAGGUCUCAGAGAGUCUCCAUUGGCAGGAGCAGCAUGCGGUGUAG